GCCUCUUUGAGCGUCAUCGUUCUCGACCGUUCCUCGACCUGACACUGAACCGCCACGAAUGACCGCACCAGCGACGAUAGCUGUAGCACCUUCCGAGGAGGAAGAUAUUGCUCGAACGCGACCGUGGGAUCACGAAGAAGCAGGUAUCGAGCGGAGGCGGAGCAAGGGAAAGGAGAAAGACCUUGCGGACGGCUUCACAGAUACCGACCGCGACAAGUUUAUCGAUAGUCCUGGGUUUUCUCCAUCGUCAUAUCCGCCCACCAACGACGAGCAAGCAGAAUCGCGUCGUGUUGAAGAGACACUAAAACAAUGGGAGGCUGCAGAGCUUCAACGGAGAAAGGCUGCACGACAGUCUGUCGCUUCGUCACCGUCAUUGGUUGACAAUGUUUCGAGACGGGCUUCAUUACUGCUGUCUGGUCGAAAUCGAAAGUCCGGGUCAAUAUCAAAUGCCAGCCUCGGGACACAUGCACCCCUGCCUACCCAAGAUAGCGACUUGAACUCGGAUGUCCUGCCUUUAACUUCUAUCCCUGCCAGCCCAACGCCGUCCCCGUCGCGCUCAGAAGCAGAUAUAGAACGCUUAGAUGAUCCAUUUAAUCCACCUACAGAAGCCCGGUCCCCUUUCGCGGACCCUACGCCAUCUGCAUCCAGUGCUAGCCUAUCGGAAGAUCCUUCGUUAGCCCAGACAUCAGCAUUGGCACCCUUAACCCCUACAUGCCCUGCAUCUUUCACCUCUCGACAACCACCUCCUGCAUUACCUCUGGGCCUCCCUCCGCCAAAGACUCCACCCCCAAUAGCCCAAUCUCCCGCAGCACCACAAUCUACAUCCACCGACGACGUCAAUGACAAACCCACGAAAUGGUGGCACGAAUGGCUAUGCGGGUGUGGUGAAGGCCCUGAUCGUGGAGGUGACCACCAAGCAGGGAAAACGAAUCCGUUCGAAUAA